AUGAACAUGUCCACCAUGUCCGUCUGCUCUGAUGCUUACACUGACGCCUCCUGGCAGGUGGACGACUGCCCAGAGAGUUGCUGCGAGCCCUGCUGUGCCCCCAGCUGCUGCCAGCCCAGCUGUGCCCCCAGCUAUUGUGUCCCAGCCUCCUGCCUGACCUUCAUCUGCUCCCCAGUGAGCUGUGUGUCCAGCCCCUGCAGUCAGUCAGUCUGCACCAGCUUCUGCACGCCCUCGUGCUGCCAGCAGUCUAGCUGCGAGCCCUCUUGCUGCACCUCGUCCCCCUGCCAGCAGUUCUGCUGUGUGCCCAUGUGCUGUGUGCCUGUCUGCUCUGGGGAUUCCUCCUCAUCCUGCCAGCAGUCUAGCUGUGAGCCUUCUUGCUGCUCCUCGUCCCCUUGCCAGCAGUCCUGCUGUGUGCCCAUUUGCUGCAAGCCCUCCUCCAGUAUGUCCCUGCUCUGCCGCCCUGUGUGCAAGCCCGCCUGCUGUGUACCUGAUUCCUCCUGCUGUGCCUCCUCCUGCCAGCCCAGCUGCUGUUCUGCCUCCUCCUGCCAGCCCAGCUGCUGUGGCCCAGCGGCCUCCAGUGUGUCCCUGCUCUGCCGCCCUGUGUGCAAACCUUCCUGCUGUGUACCUGAUUCCUCCUGCUGUGCUUCCUCCUGCCAGCCCAGCUGCUGCCGCCAAGCAGCCUCCUGUGUGUCCCUGCUCUGCCGUCCAGCCUGCUCCCGCCCGGCCUGCUGUGGCCUCUUCUUAGGCCAGAAGUCUAGUUGUUGA